AUUCAGGGGUAAUCAUUCUUCAUUCAGUAACCGGCCACUUUUAAUAGAAAUAUUCACCCUGGAAGAUCUAUCUUUUUUUCAGAAGGUUUUGAAAAGAAAGGGUUAAAUGUAUCAUCUAUGGCAUAUGUUUGUUUAAAAUAAUAUUGGUCAUUUGUCUCAAAAUAUGGAUCUGAUGAUGAUGAAACAGAUUUUAUCAUCAAUGUUCUUCCUAAACGGAUGCUCUAGCUGGAAGAUGGUGUUUAUGUUUUGAUGUUUUGCAACCCAUUCCUUCUAGAAGGUUGGUUGAGUAAUGUAACCUGUGUUAACCUGUGCCUUAGGGUACUAGACCUAAAUCUUAAAUUACUCCAGUACAAUCCUAAACCCCUGGUGCUCAGGGUAGACCUGGAGCUUGUGAUCCUGAAACUUGACAAGUAUCCUAAACCCUGUUUACACCGGGUGUAACUUGAAAUAUUCUAUCUAUCCUAAGCCCAGUGUACUGUUUACACCGGGUGGAACUUGAAAUAUUUCAUCUAUCCAGUGUACAGGGUGAACCUAGAGCUAUGAGGAUAAGUAGGGAGAGUAUGGAGUCUAGAACUCUUGAAGAUCUUAAAUCCCUGAGCAAUGACAUAUCUAGGCUUGAGGCAGAACAGGAGAGCUCAGAUAUAGUUUUUAUCACAGGAAGAGAAGAGACAAUCCAUUUCUGUCAUCUCUCAAUAUUUCGGAUCCGGUGUCAAAAUUUCCAAGAUGUACUACGUACCUCCGAAUACAUUAAAGGAGGGAAAGAACCUGUAAAAAUGAUCCUAGUUCAAACCAAUGUUUUUAAAAGUUUUAAACAUUAUUUGUACAGUGGUAGGCUUAUACUGGAUAACCUCAACAUAUUUGAACUUUUAAAACUCAGUGAAUACUUUGGAGUUUCUAGUUUAUCAUGUUUAAGCCUUAGUUAUGUAAGUAGUUCGCUUACAUUAAGUUCUGUUUCUGAUCUAUUAAACCAGUGUAUCAUGGUGUUCAAAGACGAUGGCGCCGGAAAAGAAACUUUAAAAAUGUUGGGAAAUUUUGUUAAAGAAAAUCUCAUAGCACUGAGAGAUAGUAAACGGUUAAAGACCAUCGGCAAGGAUGGAAUGAUUGCACUGAUCAAAUCCGGAGUUCUUCAGCUUGACGAAAACGAGGUGUGGAGACUUUGCAUUGAAUGGGCGAGAUUGCAGGUCGGGAUUGACGAAUCUGUUUCUCCCAAGCACUGGCCGGAAGACCAGCGUUUACAAAUCCGAUUAGUCCUGGACGGGUUGGUUCAAUGUAUCCGGAUUCUAAAUAUAGACUCUGCAGUGUUUGAGGAGGAAGUUGAACCGACCGGAGCUGUACCUAUUGAACAAACCGUUCAUAGAUACAGACAUUCAACCAACCAGGAUAGUUUUCAACCUAAACCCCUGCAUAAAACCAGCAAAGAGGUUUCACCCUACCUGGAUAACAGGAGGAUUCUCCAGGACGGAUCCAGAGGAGAAGAAGAUACUGAAUCGAGGACGAAUCCAACCAGUAAGCCAGGAAGCAGGGUAGAGUGUACUAGAGCAUUUCCUCCAUCAAGACAAGAUCUACGCUCAAGACAAGAAGAAAAUCAAAGGUUGAGAUUAGCAGAAGAUCUGAGUAGACUCAAUCCUAGAGUAGAGUUAGAUCCUAGACAACAUACUUACCAGAGAUCAAACCAGCAGAACCCAACCAAACUAUUCCACGGAUCCUCAAUUCUCUCCGCUAUGGGGACGGAGAGUAGUAUCUCCUACUAUGAGAAGGUUUUGAAUGGAUGGGCUGGAACUCCUAACCAGGCCUGGACAGUGAUAUUUAAAGGUUCGGAGCAUGCUUUCUCCGCUCAAGCUUUUCACAGGAUGUGUGAUGGCGCAGCUCCGUCCUAUGUUAUAGUAAAAGCAGACACAGGUUGUAUUGGGGGUGGAUACACUGAUAUCCCCUGGUCCCGUCCUGUUGGUAAAGGAAGAUAUGUUUCCUCUGAUAAAUCAUUUCUCUUCUCUCUCCAUAAUCCUGGAAGAUCUCCGGCAAAGUUUGAGAUCAAGAAGAAACUGUUUGCUGUAUCUCAUCAUCCAGAGUGUGGUCCUGUAUUUGGAGCAGGAGCUGAUCUAUUUAUCUGUGAUGGUUGUGAUCAGCAGGCUGAUAGUUACUCUAACCUACCUCACAGCUAUGACGGACAGGGAGCUGGUCCGGAGAGUUUGUUUGGAGAUUAUAGUUUCAGUAUUGACGAAUACGAGAUUCUUGUUCCUAUUCAAACCUGAAGGACUUUAUCAAAAUCAAAAUAUUAUUUAUAAAGACAUUAUUAUGAAAUUAAGAAAAUAUGUUUAUUAUAUGU